CGUCAACGCGUCAGCCUGAGAAUACCGGAAGAGAAGGUCGAAUACAUCGAAUCAUUUUUAAAAGAUUAACUUGAUAUUCAGCGAUCGUUAGUCACAAUUGAAUGAUUGGGUGUAAAACGCUGUUUUAAGGAUUAAAGCAUGCAGAGCGCUGCUUCUCCUCAUGAGACCCCACAAGGGAGCGGAGAUCGGGCUGAACUGACCCAGCUGCCUACAAAAGAUCCCUCAUCAUUGGACAACUGCACCUCUGAGCUGAGCAGCCCCAAAGCGCUGACCUUUGACCUGUUGAACAUGGUGAUCUCCUUCAAACGGAUGGCGAUCUACCUGGAGCCCGUCACAGACACAGUGGAGGUGCUGCGCUUCCUGUUUGGGUGGAGGAUGCCGCUGUGCUCUCUGUUGUGUUUUGUCCUGCUCAACAUCCUCUUCCUCAUGCUGAGCGAAGGCGCAUGGGUCUCUCUGCUCCUGCUGAUGCUCUCGGCUCCGGCUGUGCUGGGUUACCUUGGAGACCGUUGCCAGGGCGGUGCCAGUGAAAUGGCAGUACAGAAGAAGAAACACUAUGCGGUUCAGCGGCGAGACUUGCAGAUGGUCCACAUGAGCAAACAGGAAGCCGUGCUGGAGGUCAAGGUCAUGCUGAAACGCAUAGAUGACCUCUUGACCCAAGCUUGUUUGUAUGCAGAGUCUGUGUAUAAGGUUUUAUACUGGGAGAGUCACGCAGUGUCUUCCAUGUUUUACGGUUCUCUUUUGACCAUGGUUUGUUUACUUUAUACGGCACCUGUGGGUUUGAGUCUGUCUAUGCUCAACAGUGCCCUCUUCCUGUGUAACAAAGACUUCUGCAGAGUUCUUUUGGAGUUAAAGGAGUUUGUUCACCCAUGUCGAUUCCAGCCUGUAGAGGAAAACGAACCAAAUUACCUGGAUCAGGGAAACCUGCUGGACCGCACGCCCACCCCGACCAGUGUGGAGGAUAUUUCGCCCGGCAAUGUUGAAGAAGCGGAGGAGGCGGAGCCUGACGACGAGUUUAAAGAUGCCAUAGAGGUGUGGCCUGUAGCCUAUGUGCUAAGAAAGAUUCAGUGGAGACGGCGAGCGCGUAAGGACGAUGAGGACGUGUCUCCGGGUGUUCCCGAGUUUGACACGGUCUCUGAUAACGGACUGUUGAGUCGAAACGAGCCCAUCCGCAGUAAAGUGUCCAAACUCACCGAGAAACUACGCAAGCGUGUUCCUUCCAACAACACCGGAAACUGUGUCCAGUGUAAUUCAGCAUUUUCUGUUUUAAAGAAAAGGAGAAACUGCAGUAACUGUGGUGUCGGAUGCUGUUCCCGCUGUUGCUCUUAUAAAGUGUUCCGGUCCAGUAUGGGAGCCACAGCGCCUGAGGCCCAGAGAGAGACUGUGUUUGUGUGUAAUACAUGCAACACCCUCCUCAGCAGCAAGUAGGACGGACCCUCAUGCCGAAAUAAUCUCCCAUCAUUACAACCCUGUAAAAGCCCCAUGGUGGGCCACAAGAUGGCUGCUUAUGUUGACAUUUCAUAGGGAGGACCAAAGUUCAGUUAUAUGCUGCCUCUGUCGGUUGCCCAAAACUUGUGGACCCUAAACGGGCUACUUUACACCUGGUUUGGGACCUUUUCCUUUCUCCUUUCCCUGAAAACCCCAGUACUUACCAAAGCCUGACUUCUAGAAAAAUCUGUUUACUUUGAGCCUUUAUAUCUUGCCUUGUAAUGUAACCAACCCUUAUUAUGACAUCACUUUCCAGAAUGAUGGCCCUUGAAGGGAUUUCUGAUUUAUAUCACGGGUCCUUCAUCUAAGAUCACAUCAUGAGGGAUUCUGUAGAAGAUUACAAGGACGUGUAAACGAUGCUGGUCGUUCAUCGCAUUGGACGGCUAAUCCAAAUGUUUUGUUUAAACGGUUGCUGAUAUAAGUCAAUAUAUUUUAUAAUAUGCCUGUUGACUGAACCUUCAGCUAGCUGCUUGCUUGUAUGCUUAAGCCCAUGAUUGUUCCAGAAUUAUCGCUUUUAUUAUUUGUGAAAUUAUGUCUGAAAAAUCUUUAGUAUUUAAUUUAGAUACUGUGUUUAGGUUUCAAGGGGCCACCUCAGUAACUCAAUUGUACUCAAAAGUAUAUUUGAAUGGUAUCCUAUUAUUAAUAGUGGACUAUCAGCGACUCUGAGUGCUGUGCGAACACAAUGAUUCAUAAUCGGGGUCGAAUCAGCCAGUUUUGUGGAUUAAGUUGUAGAACAUCGUUUUGUCUGAUUGUUUGGUAAUAGUUUCCCCUAUGGUUAACCGGACACAUCAUUACUUCCAUAACUAUGAGUUAUUCUUCUCAUAAUGAGCUACGGCUCAUGUGUGUCAUUCUUUUAUUUGUCGGUCUCUUUGUCUAUAAGCCGAAGCUGAAUGUAAAAUGACCGGUUAUAGCCUGUAUGUAUAUUGUGACCCAUGCUACUGUACUCUACUGUUCAUUUGUAAUGUGUUGGGUUUUAUUCUGUACUAUCACACCUUGCUCUAUUUACUGAUACAUUAAUAAACCUUCUGAAUG